AAAAAAGGUUUCACUUUUGGUAGUUUUAUAAUCUCUUCCCCGCGUUUUGCCCAUCUGUCGUCUCUCUCUCUCUCUCUCCGUCUUCAUCAUCAAGCAAAGCCCUCUUCUUUCUCCCACUCACUCUCUCUCUCUAAUCCCACAGACGAUACUCUCAUCAUAAGCAACGAACCCUAGAGAGAAAGAUCCAGACAAGUCAAAAAAAGAAGAAGCUGAAGUACGUUUUUGGAAAGCCUAGAUUUUUUUUUUACUGGAACUAUUAGCUGUGAGGAUCUAGAACGAGGAUGAGGAGGUGGAUCUGUUGUGGUGAUAAAAAUGGAGAAUCAGAUUUAGCUAAUGAGGAGGUACAUCUGAAAACUCCAUGGCAGCAAUCUGACGCAAAUCAGAAGAAUCAAAAACCGCAAGCUGUUGCAAACCCUGAGACUCAGAAGGAAGCUCUUCCCAUUGAAGUUCCUCCUUUGUCUGUGGAUGAGGUUAAAGAAAAGACAGACAAUUUUGGAUCAAAGUCAUUGAUUGGUGAGGGAUCUUAUGGAAGGGUAUACUAUGCAACUCUGAAUGAUGGGAAAGCAGUUGCUUUGAAGAAACUAGAUGUUGCCGCUGAAGCUGAAACAAACGCUGAGUUCUUGAGUCAGGUUUCCAUGGUUUCAAGACUGAAGCAUGAAAAUCUCAUUCAACUGGUCGGUUAUUGUGUUGAUGAAAACCUCCGUGUUCUUGCUUAUGAGUUUGCAACAAUGGGAUCACUGCAUGACAUUCUACAUGGUAGGAAGGGAGUUCAAGGUGCACAGCCAGGUCCAACUCUUGACUGGUUAACGAGAGUGAAGAUAGCUGUUGAGGCAGCUAGGGGUUUAGAAUACCUUCAUGAGAAGGUUCAGCCUCCUGUAAUACAUAGAGACAUAAGAUCUAGCAAUGUUCUUCUAUUUGAAGACUAUCAAGCAAAGGUUGCUGAUUUUAACCUCUCCAAUCAAGCUCCUGAUAAUGCUGCUCGUCUUCACUCUACGAGAGUCUUGGGCACCUUUGGUUAUCAUGCUCCAGAAUAUGCUAUGACUGGACAGCUGACACAAAAGAGUGAUGUGUAUAGCUUUGGGGUUGUCCUUCUAGAGCUUUUGACAGGGAGGAAACCUGUAGAUCAUACAAUGCCACGUGGCCAACAAAGUCUUGUAACCUGGGCUACACCGAGACUCAGUGAAGAUAAAGUGAAGCAGUGUGUUGACCCAAAGCUAAAAGGAGAAUAUCCUCCUAAGUCAGUAGCUAAGCUAGCAGCGGUGGCAGCAUUGUGUGUGCAAUACGAAUCUGAGUUUAGACCGAAUAUGAGUAUAGUUGUAAAAGCUUUGCAGCCACUUCUCAAACCUCCAGCGCCAGUCCCAGUACCUGAAUCCUGAGUUUAUGGGCCUUUUAAAUACCCCCGGUGUCUUCUUCGUGUAACAGAGUUAGAUUCUUUGUUCAUACAAAGUGAGAAUUUUACUCUGAUUUGGGAAAGAACAGAAAAGUAUAAUAAGAUCAUAACUAUGUUUUUUUUUUUUUGAGGGGAUGGAGUUAUUAGUCGGCAUUUUGGUUUGAAACAAGAGUACAUUCAUAUUUUGCAUUUUGUUUAUGUGCUGUAUUGGAAACAGGCUUUGCUUGAUUGGCGUGGAGAACAAAAGAUGUAUUGCAAUUUGUGUUCUUUCUUUUUCCUUUCUAGAUAAGUACAGCCAUUUUGA